AGUCAUCCCACGAGUGCCACUCAUCUAGUGAAAAUUUUCUUAAUUCCAGCCGCCUAUUGUUCCGAAAAUUUGUACACACUCAGGCUGUCUCUCUCUGGACCAUAUGUGGUCCCAGCGGAUUCACAUUUCUACAUCCUGCUAACAAUCAUACAGAAGACCUUUAAAGCAUAAAUUCUUUGCUAUGGCAGCAACAAGUUCUUCCGAUUCUUCUCUUCCCAGUCGAAGAUUAUUAGGAAAAGUUGCUUUGGUCACCGGAGGUGCUGCUGGUAUUGGAGAGAGCAUCGUACGGCUGUUCCACAGACAUGGUGCAAAAGUUUGUGUAGCUGAUAUUCAAGACCACAUUGGUCAGAAUUUGUGCAAGACCUUAGGUGAUGACACCUCUGUUUCCUUUUGCCAUUGUGAUGUGACACUCGAAGAUGAUAUCAGUCGUGCAAUUGAUUUCGCAGUUGAUAAGUUUGGUACCCUUGAUAUAAUGGUUAACAAUGCUGGGCUGUCAGGCCCGCCAUGUCCAGAUAUUAGGAACUUCGAUCUCUCUGUGUUUGAGAAGGUGUUUGAUGUAAAUGUAAAAGGGGUUUUCCUUGGAAUGAAACACGCUGCAAGGAUAAUGAUUCCAGCUAAGAGGGGGUCAAUUAUAUCCAUAUGCAGUGUUACAAGUGUCAUUGGUGGUCUGGGCCCACAUGCGUACACAGGGUCAAAGCAUGCUGUUUUAGGGCUCACCAAGAAUGUUGCAGCAGAGCUAGGGAAACAUGGUAUCCGUGUGAACUGCAUUUCACCUUAUGCUGUUGCAACGAGUUUGGCUCUGGCUCACUUACCGGAGAACGAGAGGACCGAGGAUUCAAUGAUUAGUUUCCGUGAGUUCGUGGGGAGGAAUGCCAACUUGCAGGGUGUGGAAUUGACAGUGGAUGAUGUGGCAAAUGCUGUAGUCUUCUUGGCCAGUGAUGAGGCAAGAUAUAUAAGUGGGUCGAAUCUCAUGGUCGAUGGUGGUUUCACAUCUGCAAACCACUCUCUUCAGGUAUUUAGGUGAAACUAUGUAAUAUUUUUGAGCAAAAUUGAUUAGUGAAAACGGGACACUUACAGAAUAGGUGUUUCACUGUUUAUCUUGUUGCUAUUACUUGGUAAAUCUUACAUAUUUUUUUCAAGGGGCUAAAAAUAUUGAACAUAAUUAUUCUUC